CUAGUCCAUCAAUAUUAAAUACUGCUAACAGGUUCUUCUAAAAUUCAACCUUGCGAAGUAUCGAGUGGAUCAUUUACACUGCUGCCAAACAUGAAUUUCGUAAAUAGAAUCUACCAGGGUGUCGGCUGCAGGGAAGCUACUCGGGGAGAAAGAAGAUUUCCACAGUCCCUCUGCCAAGAAUUUCUCCCUGUGGUAUUCAGGCACUAAAAGCUGUUACUACCUGGGCUGAGUUUUUACAGAAAAUGGUCAAAUCAACAGCACUCCAUCCAUGCUGAGCCAACACACCUGCUUAAAACUCCAACCUCAUCUGUAUGGAGAACAGAAGGGUCUGGCUGUUUGAUAAAUCAUUAAAAUUCACCCCAAACGACCACCACACAAAGCUGACGGAGUAGCCAGGGGGACUACAAAUUAAAUUAAUGCCAUUUAAUCAUUAUCGAGUUUACCAAAUUCUACUACAUGGAGCAGAGGUCAGGGUGUGACUGAUACAAUUAGCAGAGUACACUUGUCAGGGUGAUCUGCUGCACAACAGACUGGCCUUGGUGUGUGAGUGUGUGUGUGUUUGUGUGCCAGACAAGCUGGGGAGGAGGGACACAGUGACUAUAUCCCCUCUGUCAUACUGACAGCAGCCUACACCUGAUGGUUCCUGGGAUAUUGCUAUUACUUGGCCUAUCAAUCACCUAGAUAAUAUAUAUUAAACCCACAGCCAUUGAGUAAAGAAGGAGGGAAGAACCCGGCGUGUGAAGCUGUGUCAGGCUUUGAGAAAGUUGAAUCCAUCAGAUAAUGCCUAGACAUCCUAAUAUCUUCCAUCAGAGAGAUGAAUACUCUUUUGAGGAGAGAACUUUAGUAGAAAAACUGCAGAACUUGAAGGACUCUUCAGCUUAUGAAGAAACUACUUUUUUAUCAAAGCUGAAAGACUUGAACCCCAGCAGUUUGUGCAAUUUCAACAAAUUGACCUCAGUGAAUCUAUUAAUUGAUGAAAACUGUCAAACACACGACACUGAGAUGACAACUGACAAUAAAAUGAAGUCCAGUCGGCGCAAACAGUCAAAACCCAUUCGUGUCUCUCAAAUAGAACUUGAGGGCACUGAGCAAGAAGCUACUGCUGUAUUACCUCAGUCAUGUGACCUUCCCAAGGAUGAUGGGAAGGAUGACACAGCAAUGGAAGUUGAACUUCUGGGCUGUGAUCACUGCUCAGAGACAUUUACUACUGAAGACGACCUAGAAUCUCAUGUUCAUGCUGCCCACCAAAGUACUGAAAAUUUCCCAACUGCAUACCAUCGUCUUGGAAAUGAGUUACAACAGGGCAUGGGAAUGGCCACUCCCAGUGAAGCAGAGCCAGCAGAACAGGGUGUUGAACCAGAUAGCCAAGUAAUAGAAGCCAGCUCGCAGGUGAAUGGCCAAGAUGAUGCCCAACCUUUAGACAUGUCCACAUCUUCUCAACCAGAGGAAGGAGAGGUUGCCAGAAGUGGAAACCGUAUCUUCCACCCAGAAGCUUACUGUGGUCUGUGUGACCGAGAGUUUUGUAACAAAUAUUUCCUGAAAACCCACAAAGCUAACAAGCAUGGUAUAUUUGAGGGCAGUCCUCCUGGGUAUCCCCCUACCGGCCAGAGUUUCCCAGUGUUUCCUGGAACAAUGCCACCUGCCACCAUGCUAGAGCAAACCAAUGUUGUAUCCUCUGCAGCAACCUCAACCAUGGAGGAACAGGAGACCAAAUCUCCACAACCAAAUCAGAAUCAACCAACAGCCCAAGAAAGCAGCUCCAAUGCAACACCACAAAGACCUACCAAAGUGCAAGUAGACUUAGAAGAUUAUUGUGAAAUUUGUCAGAAGCAUUUCUGCAACAAAUACUACCUCAAGAAACAUAAACUGGAUGUCCAUGGAAUAAAGCCAGAAAACCAAAAGACUGUCAGCAUCAACAAUCUGAUUAACCUUCCUAAUGAGAGCAACCCAGCAACCAGCGGUAUAGGUCAGCUGGGACCUAUGAUGAUGCCACCAACCAGCAUGGGAAAUGUGAUGUUCAUCAGUCCAUUUCUUCCUCCUAUGGGUCUUAUACCUACCCAGCCUCUCCUGCAACCCAUCUCUCAGCCUACAUCUCUAGCAGUAUUGAACCCUCCUACCAGUCAGCAGCAGUCAGCAUUGGCACCCAACACCCAGCAGCAGCAACAGCAGCAGCAUCAGCAGCAACCAAAUACAACCACAACUAUGGCAACUUCCUCUUCACUACCAGCCCCAGUCCCCAAUGAUGCAUUGAGAAGCAUGGGGGUCCUCAAUGCUGAUGCUUAUUGUGAAAUCUGCAGAAAGGAAUUCUGUAACAAAUACUUUUUGAAGAUUCACAAGGCAAACAAACAUGGUAUCCAGGAUGAUGUGAGACGGUCCUCAGGAGGCCCAGGCUUGCCAUUCCCUUUGCCACCUAUGCCCAUGACACCCUUGCCACCAGGAUUCCAAUUCAUGCCCAUUAAACAGGAAAUGGAUGGCAUCCCACCACCUCAGGUCAUCAUGACUCCAGAAGGAGUUCCUUUGCUGAUCCCCCACUCUCAACCAUUGCCCAUGCAGUUCAGGAAUGAAGAGCUAGCUUUCCACCAGACUGCAGCCCAGAAUUCAGGGAAGAACACACCAGUUCCUGCUGAUUCCACGAGUGGGAAGUCAACCCCUAAGAGUGAAUCCAACCAGUCAGGCCCCGGAAUGAAUACUAUGUUCAGUAACAUGGUCAUGUCCAAGAUGGCAGAUAGAGUCAUGUGUGAGUUGUGCAACAAAGAGGUAUGUAAUAAAUAUUUUUUGAAAUUACACCGCAUGAAAAUCCAUGGCAUUGAACCUCCAGAACAGAGCAAGACAGACAGCAAUGACAGUUUCUCCUCUGAUGGUAAACAGGCGUCCCUAGUACAGAAAGUUGAACAGAAACCACCUCAGCUUUUGCCAUCUGCUUUGCCAUCUCCUUCUCAACAGAAUAACUUGCAAGCCUCGCAGCAGGCACAGCAGAUACACCAGGCAAGACAGCUACAAGAGGCACGCCAUGUUCAAGAAGCACAGCAGCUUCAGAAGGCAAAGCAGAUUGAGCAGGCACACCAGAUACAACUUGCACAGCAGAAACAAAUACAAGAAGUCCAACAGCAAUUGCAAGAAGCACAACAGAAGCAGGAAGAGCAGCAGCAGGGGCCUAGUCACACAACAGAAGAGCUUAUCAAAAUGGGAAUUGACCCAGAAGCCUAUUGUGAAAUCUGCAAGAAGGAAUUCUGCAGCAAGUAUUUUCUACGCACUCAUAAGUUAAACAUCCAUGGGAUCCGAGUCCAGAAGCCACCAGAAACCACAAAGAAGUCUCCAAUAAGCUCAUUGGCUUUGAAACCAGUUCAUGUUUCCCCUUUUAAAAUUAAGUCUGAGGGCAAUGAAAUACCAGAGCAGAUCUCUUGGCGGUGGAAGGAAUCUCCCUCCAGUGUCAAUCCAAGGGUGAUGUGUGACCUAUGUAACAAGGAAUUGUGCAACAAGUAUUUCUUGCGAACACACAAGCUGAACAAACAUGGCAUCUAUGAAGAUUCUCCAUCAAGUGCAAGUUCAACACCAAAGUCCACUUCUGAAUCAUUUGGUGUAGAUUUUAGUACUCCUAAGUCAGAGGUUACAAUGCCAACCUUCAGCAACCAGUUAAACCUCAGCAACCGUGGGUCUGGGUCCCCAGUGUCUAAUUCAGGGGCUCUAAGGCAGCCAACCUCCAAUUUGCCCUUGUCUGUACCCACACCACAUCAGCAACCACAAGGGACUCCAAAGGCAGAUGAUAGCUACUUCAGCCAUUUCAAAGAGGUCUGUCGCCUGUGUGAUCGUAGAUUCAAGAGUGCAAAAUGGCUUACAAGUCACUUGGUUAGUGACCAUGGCAUGCAAGCAAGUCAGGUGGAAUCUCAGUUCAUAAAUGGUCAAAGUGCAGCUCAGGGACGCCAGUUCUGCCAUUUAUGCGGUGAAGUGUGUGCUGACAAGGCCAGUCUGGAUUUGCAUAUGACCAGAGAGCAUGAAAAUUCUCUCAGCUCACAAGCUUCGGACACCCCAAUGAAAGCCACAGACCAACCAGCUGCUGAGCCAGUUAAUCUAACCAAGCAGUUCAGACCGACAGUGAGCAGCAAUCUUGCAUCAGCCAUUGGUCUUAGCCUUAAAAGAAAGUACAGCAAGAACAUGAAGCAUAAACUGUACAGCUGCUCGCAUUGUGAAUACAAGACCCGUUGGUUGUCCAAUAUUUACUCCCAUGAGGAAAGAAAACACAAGAGCAGCAAGGAUAUGAAGAAGUACAACUGCAAUGAGUGCCUGAGAAGUUUUCGCUAUGAGCACUCCUUGAUUCGGCACCUUGAGCAGUACCACCAGAAUGGUGUUGCAGACCCAGAUAAAGCUCACAGCAAUGCCAGCAGCCCUACAGUAAACCAUGUUGGUGGCAAAGCUAAGAAGUUCCGUUGUGCCCAUUGUAAGGAUUGCUUUCCCAGCAAGCUGAUGUGCUUUGCCCACAUUCGCUCUGCCCAUGGGCGUCAAAGUCACAAUGGUGGCAGUGCUUUGGAGAGACCUCUGCCUAAGAUGAAGAUCUUCUCCUGCAGCCUUUGUGAAUAUAAAACCAAGUUUCAGAGCAAUCUCUUUGCCCACAGAUUGAUGAAACACAAACUCCCUGGCAGCUCCAAGCUACAGAUCCUGAACAAAGAAAACCAUAUCUCUGGAGAUGAUGAAGGGAAGUCAGAAGAAAAGAUGGAGGUUGACUUCCCAAACGAUGAGCCUAUAGCAUUUGGUGCUCCAUGCGACCUUGCCGCUAACCUUGUAAUGCAAUCCUUUACGAUGACCCAGGUGGAUGAGAAUGAUCUCAAGCAGUUUGUCCCCUCAACAGUAUACCUGCCUGUCAGUAGCAGAAUCACAGAACCACUGACUGUAACCUUUAACUUAAAACCAACUGAACAGUAGAUGGCAUCCAUGAUGACUACCUUCACCUUGAAAACGAACCAACAGGUAGAUGUCGCCAUUGGAUGAUGAGGUUAUUCUUGGUGGAGUUAUGUAAGAAGUUGUUGUAAGUUUGAUUAACAAAUAAGUAGCUUUACAUUUGAAGUGGAAAUACUGUAGCUUGCUGCUGAUUAAGGGUUUUUGCAGUUGGAUUAUUUGUUUGUAGCUAAAUCUUUACUAUGUGAAAGAUUGCAGAGCAAGUUUGCAUGUUCUUGAAAAUUGUUGUGUGUUAUUUACCUGCUACAAAAACUUAAAGAUUGAAAAUGUAUAAUUUUAUAUCUGAUAUUUCAUACAUAUUCAACUCAUUGUAGUGAACCAGGAAUGAUAAGUCAUUUGUGUGGAUUGUUUCUAUUUUUGCCAGUAGGUGUAAGGCUUUUUCCCCAUAAGAUAGCAUGUAGUUCAUAUGUAGCAGGUUAGAUGAGUUGUAAUUGUCAACAGCUAUGUUGGAAAGUCCCAGCUCUGAAUGUUUUACAUGUUGAUUAUACACUAUUGUGCAAUAUUUAUGAGUAUGUUUUUUUGUUCAGAUACAGUAGGAAAUGAAUGUGGAACAUAGUCCAGACAGAUAAGGCACAGGUCCUAUGUGUAAUAAAUCUCUUGAUAGUAUGUACAAUCAAAUUUUAUGGAAUCUCAAGUUUAUAUCUGAUGUAAUGGGCACAAUAACCAAAAUAACCCAACCCAGGUGUACACAAUCCUGUUUCUUUAUUUAUUAAAUUUAGACACUACUUGUUCACAUUGGCAAUCAUUAACAUAUAUAUAUAAACAUUGCAUAACAGGGGUGAUUCUACCCAACCUUUUUGUAUCUCUACCUUAUUGUGAUAUUUGUGCCGUUGAUGGAGAAGGUAUUUGCUAUCUCAAGGCUGUGACCAGAAUUUUCUGCUUCAUGAACUGUAGAAUUUAUCAUAUUUAUUCUCUUUAAUUUAACUGAAAAGUCUCUUGAGGCAGAAAACGUCUGAUUCAGCUGAAAGGGUCACAAGUUUAGAUAGGUAAUGAUAGACUGAAAAUUGAGUUGAAACUUUCAGAUUGUAAAAUUACAGAUUAUAUUUGUGAAUUGUUGUGACGUGUUUUUUGGUUAGAUGGUAUUGUACAGUAAAAGUAAGCUAUUUAUUUGUAACAUUGUUUGCUGUUGCAGAGCUUUCUGCAAGAUAUUCUUUUUCUCUGUUAGGAUUUUUUUUAAAACCAAGUCCAAUGUGAUGACUAAGUAACAAAGUUACAUAGGAUCUGAUUUAUAGAUAUUCCUAAGCCCCAUAUCAGUAUUCACCACUUACAGUCUAAAACACAUUUUUCUUCUUUCAUAGAAAGGCUGAAAUUUUGUGUAAUCUAAAUUUGAACAUAUUUCACUAGACCGGAGACUUGCUUUUUUUGGGGAAAAACCCCUUUAGAAAAAAAUUCCAGCUAAGUUGCUCAAGUCAGUUAAAGAUUGUCUUCUUGAUGGUUAUGAAAAUAUGAUUAUAUGUGUCUUGUACUAAU